AAUUUGAUGCAGACGUCAUCCACGCAGAGACGACGCGCAUUCACAGGCGGCGCUGGGGGUAUUAAUGGACGGAGGACCGCCAGCUUGAUGCCGUCCUGAUAUCAGCAGUCCCAACUACUGCUAUCCCGCCGCACGAGCCUUUGUCCAGCUUCCUUGCAAACUCUUUAGAUCUUUUCCAUCAUGGCACCACUGUGGCUUCAUUCCGCUUCAGUUCUGGUCUUAUUGGUCAUGUCAUGGCCGUGUUCCAGAGCUUAUUCUUCAAAACAUCUGUGUGGUCCUAAUUUGGUUGAAGCCCUUAGUAUGGUCUGUGGGGACAGAGGCUUUUUUACCAGUUCCAAGAGGGACAUCGACUCUGUGCUACGUAUCAUCCCACCCAAGACCGACGAGGCGACAUCAACAGGCGAUUUCAACGAGAUCGUGGGUUACGCCUUUCAGAAAAGGAUGGACAUGAUGAUGAAGCGCGAUGGCAUCGUCGAGCAGUGCUGUCACCAGCCAUGUAGCAUGCUGGUCCUGGAUAAAUACUGCAACUAAACGGGCAACGUCAGCAACUCCACGAUUAGCCUCGUCUUUUCUACUCUCGCUUAGCAAUGUUUUAAUUAAACUCUGCACCUUUCUGUAAUUUCUCACCAGACAACUUGCAGGAAUGGAUUAUCUGCAAAGCAAAAAUGAAUUAAAUAUAUUUUCCUAGUUUUGUGAAUUGA